AUGUUUACCGAGAAUGCGAUGAGAGAAGACGCUGUAAAAAUGAAACGAGGCUGUGCGUUAUGCCUGUUGGGUUUGCAACAGAAUCUCAUCCACAAUCACUAUCCCCAUUCUUGUGCCGGUCAUAAAAUGGAAGGUCAAGCUCCUGGCGAGUUUGGCAGGCUAUACGAUGUCUACAAAGAGCUCGGAACGCGUGAGCCUUCCACUUUGGAGCAAGCACGAGCCGUCAUCGAGUACAUACGGGCAGAAAAAGGGUAUCUAGAUGAGGAUGCCUUGCGAGAACUUGACACAAUUUCCCCAAGAAUCCGAGAGCAAGUCCUCAGGAUCGUGCAGCUCAAACAAGAAUAUGAGGCGGGAUACACCACAAGUAUCUCGGAGCAACUGUACACGUCUAAGUACCGCUUCUUAUACGAAUUAGUCCAGAACGCGGACGAUUCCUCAUACCGUACGGCAGCGCAGCGUGGAGUAGCGCCAUACCUGCGACUCGACAUUACUCCAGACAUGAUCAUCGUUGAAACAAACGAAGAUGGCUUUACAAGGGCUAAUGUAGAGGCCAUUUGUGCGACUGGAAAGAGCUCAAAGAAAGCCUCUCAGCACGAUGAUCACAUUGGCGAAAAAGGCUUCGGCUUCAAAGCGGUCUUUUCUAUAGCUGAAGAAGUUCACAUCCAGUCUGGGCUUUGGUCUUUUGGAUUCAAGCAUUGCAAAGGACAGCGCGGAUUGGGCAUGGUCACCCCUUUAGACUUUCCGCCAGAGGUUUUGUCCGGAGACACAACGACGAGAAUAACGCUGCGAUACUCCAGCCAAGCGAAAAGCCAGUAUCCAACAUUGAUUAAGGCGGUUAAGGAUCUACCCGAUGCCAUGAUCAUGUUUCUCCAACGACUUCAAACAUUGUACAUCGCCGUUACAACCAACGGCCAAUGCAAGAAAUCGUCCACAAGCAGAGAAUAUGACUCAUCAAAGUCACGAUGCACCAUCACUCAAGGCAACGGAAGGAGCUACGCAAAGGACGUGAAAACAUGGACAUAUUUGCUAUUCAGUCAGACUGAAAGAAAUCUACCAGCAGAUGAGCGUCGCAAGGACCGCACAGAAGCAAAGAUCGAGCUCGCCUUUCCUAUAGAUCCACUCACGAAAAAACCCAAAGUUUCGGAUAUGGGUCAGCAUGUCUUUGCAUACCUUCCGUUGCAGAGACUGUCACGAAUACAGUUCAUCAUCCAAGCAGACUUUAUUACAGCGGCAAACCGAGAGAAUGUGGCCGACUGUCCUUGGAACGAUGCAAUCUACGAGGGCGUCGCGAAACUCUUUGUGAGCGCAGUCACCGGAACUUUUGCGCAGCCGGACCAACCAAUGCAGUACUCCUGGCUUGACUACCUACCUAUGCAACCGAUGGACCAUCCAUGGAAACAGCUGACUUCUACAAUCCAGAAGUCAAUCACAAACUCACUCAGCAUCCAGCCCGUCAUUCAGUCUCGAGAGCGGAGACAAUUCAAGGAGCCUCAUCAUUUCCGACAUUUGGUUGAUGCCGCAAUGCACAAUGAUGAACCUCUUCUCCCCGACCUGGCAGAUGAGAUAUACAUGGCCGAUGGAUACAAUACUCGACACAGAACAUGCCUCACUGCAUUGGGCGUCACUAACAUGAGUUGGUCAGAUAUCUUUCGGCUGUUGAGAGCUGACAUUGUGAGACCUUCAUCGAGACUCAAGAGUAAGCCAUCAACGGACCCGUGGCAUGAGACCUUGUCUGAUCUACUGGUAAAACUCUCCGCGAACCGCUCUCUAUCUCACUUACAGAAGCAUAUCAAGCCACUGGCGCUACUUCCGUUGUCAGACUCACGCUCGUGGACUGGUGCUCCUGGAGUGAGCGUGGGUGGCCCCCGGAAUAUCUAUUUUGCGUACGUUGGUGAAACGCCAAUACCGAAGUCAUUGCCAUUGAGUGUUCUUGACACAGUCGCGUCCAUCAAUCCGAAGCGUAGAGCCUUUGCUGAGGCAAUGGGAGUCGAGGAUUGCCCAAAAGCCAUCGUGUUUGCAGAAAUCCGGAAGCGACAUUGCGAGACUCUGUUCCCCAUAAUCGAAAAUGAUCAGUUUACAUUCCUGUACCAUCAGCAAUGCAACGUCAGCGACAUCAAGGAUUGGGUGAAAGUGCCUUUGACAGCGGGUGGUUCAGCGAGAGCCAAGGAUACCAAUCUGUAUUUCGCUUCAGAUGGAGAGUUCGACAUGUUUAUGCUUCUUCCAAAGCAGAAUGAGACGGCAAAGUUCAUGGCAUCAUCUCUUCUCAAUGCGCAGCCACCAAGUAUAUCGGUUAACAACGAGGACUGGAAAACAUGGCUCGCUCGUGCGACAGGCGCAAGGUCUUUUCCGCCGCUAUUGGAUAGGGAGACUAUGAAUCUAUCGCCAGAAGUUAGAGAUGUCGCAAAACACAAUCCACGACAGUUUUUGGGGAUGCUCAAGGCCCAUUGGAACGAGUAUCAAGAGGAUUCAUGUGUCGUCGAAGAAGAGUUGAGGAAUUGUAAAGUGCACUGCAGGUCCGGCAAUUUAGUCGGACUACACACCACAUACCUACCGACAAAAGUGGUCAUUGAGACAAUUAACAAUCUAGGUAUUCCUGAAAGUAUUAUGCCUCUGCUCAGCGUAUCUGAUAGCACACUGGACGACCUCGCCUACCGGUCUUGGAGGUUCCUGGAGGAUUUUGGCGUCGGUUCAAAGCCAGACAUGAAUUUUUAUGUGCUAGCCUUACGAGCGGUUGCUUCAGGUCCUUCUGAGGCUGACUCCGAUGAUGUUACGCAUAUCUACACGUGCAUAGCUGAAAUGGCUACAGUACAGAAUCACAAGAGACUUCGCGAAGUCUUCGACGACACUGACUGUCCAACAAUGUGGGAUAAGCAUUGCAGCUCAUGGACAACCCGCAGAAGAUGUAUGACAGAUGGUCCAGACUUUAUCACCUCCAAAUCCGUCUUGUAUCGCUCGUAUGGAGAUAGCAGCCUCUUGCGUGGGUUUUUCACGGCAGUGCUUGGCAUUAUGCCGUGGACGGUGCAAGAUGUCAUUGGAGAGCUCGAAAUGCGACAGGCUCGUCCACAUACCUCCAAGAUGAUCGCAGAGUCCAGAAACAUCUACGAAUUCAUGCUCGAAAAAGUUGGCAGUGAUACUGAGUGGGAAAUGAUUCGCACCGCAUUUUCUGAGAAAAAGCUUGUGCUCGGCGAAAAUGGCAAUUGGCACGCAUUGCGCACCUGUCUCUGGAGAAGCCCUUUCGCGCUUGAUGGUUUCCAGGAUCUCUCAACGAUGUAUCCCAAUCUGGAAGCAUUGUUUGUUCGCAGACUGGGCGUCAAGAAAGCUAGCCCAAGCAUGCUUAUCAAUGAGGUCAAGCGUAUGGCAGAAGAGUCGGAACCGCGCGUUGAAGAUAUCCACGCUCGCCUGGUUGAAAUUGGCAUGAUGCUUACUAAGAUACCGAUGGAUGAUAGUAUGUCUCGUGCCCUGAAAAACCUCCAGACAGUUCCCUUCUUACCGAAGAAGCAGAGUGGAAGUCCUUCGGUGCUGGUAGGGGCGAAAGCGGAUUUCGUUAUUUCCGAUCAUGCACGAUACGGUGAGGCAUUCGCCACUGAGGAUAUCUUGCUUGAUUUCCAAGUACAUGAGGCACAGAUCAUGCAUACCAUGUUUCGACACUUGGGACUGACGCACCGGUACCUCUCGACAGCAGUCAAAGAGGUAUCAGUAGUUGGGGAUGGUGCGAUCGAAAACGAAGAGCUGUCAAAACAGUUGCAGUCGAAAGCAUACGGCUUGUACUGUUGUGCUGCAAAGUAUAAGAGCUGUGAGGCCCUGCAAGGACAACACUUACUCUAUGCACAACUGUCUGCACUGGUUGUUUCCACCUACAGCUAUAUAUCAACCAACCUGGUUAUAUCCAUACUAUCUGAGUCGAUCAGCGUCCCAAGCGAAAGGUCAUUCAUCCACCAUAAAGUUCUUGACGAGAAGAUCACAAUAUACGUGCCGAACGAUCAACGCGAACGCCGCUCUUGCUAUCGAUCGCAGUUACCAAAAUUGCUGGCAAGUAUAUUGGGCGUUAGUGGAGCUGCUACUUUCGACAUAUCUGGUAUCGUCUCAGCUAGCCAGCGAGAUCUUGACGAUGUUCUCGAGGAGCAGGACAUUCCGGAGGUUGAGUGGAUUCCAAAGCCAGCCUUUGACAUACUGGAAGAACUGGAGGAGGUUGAGCGACCGGGCACUCCUAAUAUUGCAUUAGUUGAUGUUCGCGAAACGCGAGCUCCGCCGGUCCCAAUGGGCGUCAUUACACCCGAUACAUCGCCUUCACGCCAGAUAUAUGCACGAUUGGAUGCUAGUCUGCCUGCAAUUGCUCCUAACGUGAGGGUAUCAGACUUCCCCGACUUGGUCGAGCAGGUCGUUAGAGUUGCUCGAAGCGUCGGCCAUGGAUACAGGAAUCCGCUUGGUCCGGCUACUCAAGUUGGAGAUGACAGCCAACUGCUUCGUUACUUCGACCAUCUGACCACUUUUGGCAGCCGCGAGUCCGACUCUGCCCAUAAUCGAAAGAUCGGCGCUGUUGGAGAGGGCUAUGUCUAUACCCUGCUCUCAGCCCUCAAUCUCCCUAACUUCAACGAAGCCAAUUGGCCAAGCACAAUACGGAGCGAACUUGCAGGCCAUUUCGGUUUCGAGGAUCUGGCAGCAUGGCAUGGACACGAGACUUCUGAUCUCGUGUACAAGGAUCACAAUGGUGCUUUCACUCAAUAUCUACGCGAUAACUGCGUAGGCGGAUUUCCGCCUUAUAUCUUCGAAACAAGAAGUAUGCAAGCGUCGCCGAUUGAGUACUACCUUGAAGUCAAAAGUACAACAGGGCGAUGUGGAACGAGGUUCUAUAUGAGCGGCAGACAAUACGAAAGGAUGGAGAGUAUGGCUUUGGGCUUGCUCAGGCCUAGCAAUAAAGUGUAUGUGAUCUUGCGCGUGUACGAUAUGUUAACGCCGAAUGUCGGCUUAGACAUUUUCGUGGAUCCGAUCAGAUUCAAGGGCACGAAAUUGGAGUUCGAGACGGAACAGUGGUAUGUGAGUACGAAAUGAUGAUUCUUGAUGGCUCGCUCCCCAC